GAUUUAUUCAUCAAAGAUCGAUCGAUCUUUAGUCAGUUUUAAUCACAAGUAUUUUAAUGCACAUAGAAAAUCCCACAGAUCAAGUGAUUUAUAAAAUAUUCAUUGAGCUCACUACUUCAAACAUGUUUAGUAUCAGAUUAGUAUUAUUAUAUCUAUAUAUCUUAACUGCAUAUAUAACAUGAUCCAUUAAAAUGUUUUUUACACUCGAGGAGGAAAAGAGGGGAUCUUGAAAGUGGAGCCAAGAUUCAGCCGUCCCUGGAAACCAGAUGGGGUCUGAAAGUGCCCCGCGUGCUCGCCUUCGAAGAACAUAUCCAUGCAGUAUUAGUGUUCGCGUGAACGAGUAACUUGUCGUACCUUUUUAUCUCUAUUGAGAAGUAUCACGUUUACCAGCGGAUCCUAAGGUCGUUUUCGCGGACGUUGUCUACUUCGACCAUCGCGAACGGCAGUAAUUUUCGAAACGUCUCAUUCGUGAAUAAAUCUUCGAGGAAAAGGGAACAUCUCCAGGAAACUAUUACAGACGAUCGUUGUCGACUUUGCCAAUUUCUGCGCGAUAAUUAAACUGGAUCGACAACUAUGAAAAUCGCCACGACCUUGUUCUUCUUUGUAGUCGUCGGAUGCACGUGGCGGGAGACUCUAGGGACGUGCGUGUUUCAAUCGGACUUUGGUUUCGUGCUUAACUGUGCCUUUCGGAAGUCCGGAAUUUUUCGGGUACGAAAUCUUGGAGGUGUCAAAGGUUACGUCGGCCUGGGAUUUUCUGUGGGUGACGAGCUAGGAUUUAGUCAGUCCUUGUCCAAUGUGGAGGCUGCCAAAAGAAGAAGCGUGCAGACUAGUAGAGUUGGUUCAUCGUCCCAUACUAAUUUGGCUACCAAUCGAGAUGAAACUAGACAACACACUCAGAACACUCGACAAGUGGUGCCUCCCUUCAAACCAUUACCAGCUGGAGCAACGCGGCCGAUAGCUCAGCAACCAGAACGUCAAAAAUUGGUCGUACAACAGAACUCUACAGUCCUUCGAACCGUGCCAGCUCCUUCCUUAUCAACAACACAACAGGACUUAUUGAGGCAGCAGCAACUAAUGCAACAAGAAGUAAAACAGAAGCAACAAUUGAAAUUGCAGCAAGAAGCUUUCGCAUUGCAAGUACUAAAGCAACAAAGGUUACAACAACAGGAAGCUAUGAGACAGCAACAAUUGCAGAAGCUUCAACAGCAGCAGAAACAGCAACAAAUUGCUGCGCAACAACAAAUGCUGACACAGCAACAUAAAAGGCACCAACAAAUGGUACCGAUACAAGUAAAAAGAGAUCAGACACCACAGAUGCUCGCAGUUGCAGCUGCAAUGCCAGGAAAAUUACCUAACAUUGUAGCUGCAAUUCCACCAGCUGAUAGCAUCGUGGAACCAGGACUUUCGUUAAAAUCAGCGUCUUCAAGUGACGGGUUACCACCUUUUAUUUCGAUGCCACAGUCAUCUUCACAGUUGACCGAUCGAAUUAGUAAUGGUCCUACUAUUUUGCACGAUUCUGAUAACGAGGUGUCGAAAGAUGAUUUCAAUCAGCUUCCUCUACCUGGAGAUGAGGCUGCGUCUUCAGUCAACGAGAUGACUUUACUUUCCCUUCAAGCAGCUGAAUCCAGUCAGUCACAACAACAAAACGAGAAACGACAAUCGUUGCCAUCGUCAUUGCCAUCUUUAGCGCCUAUUCAAGGAAUGGAAACGUCGUUGAAAGCUCUGGCAGAAGCUAGCAAUAUUACUUUAGAAGCUCUAGAAGCUGCUAUUCUUCUCAGGCAACAGCAACUUCUACAAAAACAGCAAGGGCCAACCAGUACAAGCACGACGACGACUACAACUAUGUCUCCGCAUAAAAAUAAAUAUAAUCCUGGUGUCACCAAAGUAAUGAACGCUCCUCGUGAAUAUUAUCCAAUGGGUUAUGACAAGAACUUCGAUGACAAUUUUGCCAGUCGUGUAGAUCUUCCGGACACAAGCUUUUAUUGUGGUGACCAAAAACAUUUUCCAGGACUGUAUGCUGACGAAGAUCUUGGGUGCAUGGUAUUUCACGUUUGUGCAUUAACGGAUGAUGGCUUGAUUAUGAAGAGUUUCCUCUGUCCCGAAUCAACUUUAUUCGAUCAAUCUAUCCUCAAAUGCAAUUGGUGGUUCUACGUGGAUUGCAAAACUUCGAAAAGUUUAUAUGACAGCAACAUUCCAAUUAGCAAGAGUUAUCAGUUAAUGAAAGCACUAGCGUUUUUCUCAGCGUACAAAAACCAUGACAAUAGUACAACAUCUGCUCAAGAAAACUCAGAAAGCUCAGAAUAACUCUAAAUCUUGUUACAAAAGAACUGAAUCUUUAUUUUUAGUUAGUUUACUAGUUAGGCAUCCCCUGUGAGUUUAAUUCGUUCCACGAUUGCCAAUUUAUGUUCCUUUAAUCCAUUAAGCUUUGGAUAAUGAAAGUUAGCUUCUUUAUACAUUUUAAUAUCGAGCUACUUUCUUAAUUAGUUUGUGGUAUGUUAAGUAUUUUAAAUUAGUGUAUAAUAUUUAGAUUCUUUGUUGAGGUGUGAUCUUAAUGGAUUAAACUGAACUUCUUUGUGGAAAGGUGAAUUUUAUAAGACAAUGGAUAUUUUUGUGUCACGGUAUAACUAUUUUUCUCGUUAAUCACUGCCGUCACAAUCCCAAACGAUAAGUGUGUGUAUAUAUAAUUUAUUAUACUAGUGGAGUGUAAUAGGCAUAGUAAAUAAUUUGUUUUAAUCGUAAUGUUGUAAAUAGUUCUACGUUGGUAUUUUCGUUGAUGUGGUUUGUUUAAUAAUAAUCCUAUUCUUGUUGACGUGGCUGUCCCCAUUCUAUAUCAUGAAAUUCUUGUCAAAAAUAUGUAAUCAAAAAAUAUAAGAAAUAUUAAAAGAUCGGUUGAAAUAAAACAGACAUAAAGAAAACGUAGAAAGCAUAAACUUUAUUGUGGCAAAUGAGAAUUAUGAAAAAUAAUACAAAUUAAAUGCCAAUAUUAAGUUAUUGCAAUUUACACGGUCAGUCUAUAAUUUCUC